AUGGCCGACGCAGUAUCGCCGCCUCCGGCGACUGAAGUUGCAACAAUCGCAACACCCAUCAACCUCAUACUCAUCACACUCUUCAUGGUCCUGCUCUACUACCGCCUUACACCCAAGACAGCAGCGACUCUGCCGACCCCUCCGGCACCAACGGUUUUCAAGACCUUCACACCACCCGAUCUCGAGCCCUACAAUGGUCGGAACAACAUGCCCGUCUACCUUGCUGUCCGUGGCAGAGUCUUCGACGUGACACCUGGACGCAACUUUUACGGUCCAGGAGGUCCUUAUGCCAAUUUCGCUGGACGCGACGCGAGUAGAGGCCUCGCCUGUGGCAGCUUCGACGAAGACAUGUUGACCAAGGAUUUGAAUGGCCCUCUUGACACUCUUUCGGACCUCGGCGAGGAAGAGAUGGAGGCUAUGAGAGGCUGGGAGGAGAGAUUCUCCGAGAAGUAUCUGGUUGUUGGCAGACUUGUUCCCGUGGGGAGUGAUGAAGCCCAGGAGGCCACUCAGGCAGAGAAGCUGUGA